CCGUCGAUAUCUGUCCUUUUAGGAGAAGAAGGGAUGCUUGUUUCUUCAUACCUCUGUUUAAAAGGACUCUUUUUGAUACUGCUGACUUGAAACCGUUUGCGUGCUGGUUACUUUGCCCUACCUGUGGAGGAUCCCGGUAGUCAGCCAGCCUCUGGAGCCCAGUGUAGCCCCAGCAGCAGCCACCAUGCUGGGCUUGGAUGUGUGUGAGUUUGGGGGUCAGGUUCUGGAGCUUCUCUGGCUAACCAUGUGUUACCAAGGUUUGAUGGCGGAUAAGGAGGAGAAGCCUGUGGGAGAGGAGGACGAUGAGACAGACCUGAACUACACUCCACCAGCCCAGAAGAGCCUGCAGGAGAUACAGGAACUAGACAAGGAUGAUGAGAGUCUCAGGAAAUACAAACAGACUCUACUAGGAGCUGGACCAGUGGUGGCAGACCUGACCAUUCCCAAUGUCCAGGUCACCAGACUGACCCUGAUGUGUGACCAAGCACCUGGCCCCAUCACCAUGGACCUCUCAGGUAAAUACCACUCCUCUAUCCCUAUCCAUCCUUUUCUCUAUCAUGUCUCACCACUAUGUCACCAUCCUCCAUCCCUCUCCUGCCCUCACUAUCUCUUCAUCUCUCCAUCCCUCUCCUGCCCUCACUAUCUCUCCAUCCCUCCAUCCCUCUCUUUCU